AUGCGGCCUGAGCUGGAGGAAUCAGAACCUGCGGCGUCUGCAAGAAAUCCUGCAGGGAAGGCGAGGCUGGAGAGGGUUGGGGACGCGGCGGUUCCGGCCCGGAAAGCUGCAGGCACCGCCCCAUGGGCCCAGCCCCGGCGAGGGAGUGGCGGGACCCGAGGCGCACCGCGCGGCUCCUCGCCCGCCCGACAACGGGGCGCGCGGGGUGUGCCGCCGGGGACCAGCGAGAGGCGGGCGGUUCCGGGGUGCCUCCCCUGCCGCCUACUCCUGAGGCGUCCCUACCUCCCUGCCACGCCCCCGGCACCCGCUGCGCCGAUCUCCGCCGCACCCCGCGAUUUCCACCGCACCCCGCAAUCUCCGCAGCGCGGCGUACUGCCAGCCGAGCCCCCUGCGCCCCAACUCGCCGCGUCUGGGAGGAGCCAAAGACACCGAGGUGAUUUCCAGGAGAGGCGGCCGGGUCUCCUGGAGCCCCCCACCGCUGGAACAGUGCCAGACUCGCAGUGCAUCGGCCGGUGGAGGAGGGAGUUGGCUGGUCAGGCUGGGGAAGAGGAAGAGACCGGCGCUCAGAGUGAGCAGAGCUGGGCGCAGCACCUGCCCGGGCCCGGGUCAGCGUGGGGUGCCCGCAUUGACUGUGUCCGCGGUCCAGCAGAAGGGGAGACUCAUCACAUUACACUGGACCUGCCGGUCCACCUUGAUGCCACUCGGACCUCUGCCAGAACCCCCCGGCUUUGCCAAGGUCACGUCCUGUGUAAUUGUAUACAAUUUCUGGACAGGAGCCACUCCAUUUUGAAGCUCGAUUUCCUUUCUAACAAAUGAUCUGGAACUGUGCCAGAAGCGGGCAUUGUUUUACGAGCAGUUGCUCAUAAAAUCCAGCAGGAUCGCUGGCAUUCGGACCACAAAACUGUUAAUAGGAACUUUAUGAAGACAUAAAAGUUAACUAACGCAUACCAGCUAUAGUUCGUUUGAUAGCACCAAUAAAAGUCGAUUAGAUGGUAAUCAAAAUUAGCACUGAAUUAAGAUUUUUUUCUCCUUUUUCUCUAAAUCAUAAUGAUGCCGUCUUUCUUUCCCAUAAAAACCCCUUGCUUUCCCACAGGAAUGGGACAUUUUUCUGGUUACUCCAGAAUCUGUGCUGCCCAAAUUGUAAUUCUGAGACCUCAAAUAAAAGCCUUUG